AUGUCAUCUCGACAACGUACAUACCGGUUCCUUACAGCGGCACAAAUACAGCGGCUUUAUAUCACCUUGAUUGCGGAUGCAGUGCCGACCCAACCCGCAAUGUUAGAGUCUGCCGUCAAAUCCCCGAUCAAUGUCAGGCAUUAUACCCAAGAGGCGGACAUCUUUAAGCUUGCCGCAGUUCUGUCCGAGAAGAUAAUGAAGAAUCACGCGUAUGCGGACGGCAACAAGAGAGCUGCACUUGUGGCUGCAGACAUGUUCUUGAAAAUCAACGGGUAUAAGUUGCAAGCGAAAGUAUUGGGCGUCGAUCAUUGCAGCGAAGGCCUAGCUGCCGCACACGUAGCGGUCACAACCGGUCAAUGGGAUUCCGACUCGCUCAGCAGAUAUUACAGACAGGUUGCCACUCCAGUGGGACUGCUGACUCCGGACAUCGUGGCCAUUAGACACCAUGCAGCUGAACACUAG